AGCGGAGCCAAGAACAUGGAGAACAGCAGAUUGAAGCCGGUGACGACAUCGCCAAGUGGAACUAAGACUUCGAGGGCAGUCGCAGAACUAGCUGGAAGGCGCAGUCUCUCAAUCUCUUUGUUGCUCAACGCCACCCCCUUUGCGUCCAGGUCCAGCCAGAGAACUGUUGAGUUUUGUAGACUACUUUCGGAGCCCGCCCCGUGGGUCACUCGAAUCAAGGCUGCUGACUGCUGGUUCCCAUUCAAUCCCGACACAGAGAGCAACAUGCAGCCGUUGCCUUCCUGGGUCCAGCUGGUGGCGUUGGCACUCUGCGUUUGCCAGAUCUGCGCCCUCCCAAACCAGCUUGGGUCCGAUGAAAUCGACUAUGCCGAAUUGGACAGGAAUGAAGGGCCAUUCACGCCUCAGCCACUAAGGCCACCCCCUUGGCAGGAGGCUCAGGCGGCGACCCCACAGGAGGCGCGUGUGCAAGUUCCCGGAGUGGGAGACAUAGUCGGUGUACGCGGCUAUAAGACAAUCUCGAAUCGUCCCAUCAAUGCAUUCCUUGGCGUGCACUACGCUCAAGUGGGUGCCGGUCUGGGACGUUUCCAGCAGGCCAAGGCCGUGCCCUUCCAGGGUAGAGUAGAUGCCACCACAGCCAGUCCAAAUUGUGCCCAAUUUCCGGAGCUGCAGCGACUGCAGACGGCCGAGGCACGCGGAGAGAACGUUGACGACUGUCUGACCCUCGACAUCUAUGCGCCGGAGGGGGCGCGCGAUCUGCCCGUCUUGGUCUUCGUGCACGGCGAGAUGCUGUUCGAUGGCGGCGCCGAGGAGGCCCAGCCGGACUACGUGCUGGAGAAGGACAUUAUCCUCGUAUCGAUCAACUAUCGCCUGGCGCCCUUCGGAUUCCUUAGCGCCCUCAGCGAUCAACUGCCUGGCAACGUGGCGCUCUCGGACAUCCACCUGGCGUUGGAGUGGCUGCAGCGCAACCUUCUCUACUUUGGCGGCGACUCCGGAAAGGUGACCCUGGUGGGUCAGGCAGGCGGCGCUACUCUAGUUCAUGCCCUCAGCCUCAGCGGCCGUGCAACCAACCUCUUCCAGCAGCUCAUCCUGCAGUCCGGCACGGCCCUGAAUCCUUACCUGAUCGACGAACGUCCUCUGGAAACUCUGGCCACGUUCGCGCGCCUCGCCCGCUGUCCCUAUGCCGGACGCAGUUUGGCACCGCUCUACGACUGCCUCAGCCGCCUGCCCACCUCCCAAGUGGUCAGCGCCUUCGAGCAGCUGCUGCAACAGAACGAGGCAAGCGGCCUCAGCUUUCUGGGCGGGUUCAAGCUGGUGGUGGGCGAUCCCCUUGGCUACCUACCCGAUCAUCCUGCCGCACUGGCGGCCAACUCGGCCAACAGCUCGGUGCCCAUGAUUGUGGGUGCCGCCAAAGAUGCCAGCGCCUUCAUUCUAUCACGCUUUUACGACCAGAUACAGCGCGUGCAGUCGCAGAAUGUGAGCGAAUACAUCAAUGUGGUGCUGCGCCACACAGCGCCUCCAAGUCAACACCGGGUGUGGCUGGACUGGGCGCGUCGCGAGAUCUUUUCGCCGGAGCAUGAUCGCACGGCCAGUGCGCAAAGUGUGUCGCAGGGACUGUUGGAGUUGAGCAACAUGAUCCUGUAUCGGGCACCCGUCAUCUACUCCAUCCGCCUCUCGCACAAGAAGAGCCCCGUCUACUUGUACACCUUUGACUAUCGGGGAGAGCAUCAUCGGUUCGGCCAUCUGGACAAUCCGCUGCCCUUUGGUGUGGACGCCUCGCUGAGCGAUGACAGCGUGUAUCUGUUUCCGUAUCCGCCGGAGGCCAGCCGCCUGAAUCCGGUGGACAAGUCGCUGUCGCGCGCACUGGUCACCAUGUGGGUGAACUUUGCCGUUACGGGCAUACCCAAUCAAAAUGCUGGUGUCUGGCCGAAGGCCACUUCCGAGUACGGCCCCUUCCUGCGCUUCACCAACUCCAGGCAGAGUAUGCUGGAGCUGGACCCACAUUUCGGUGACGGACUCAACGCUCCGAAUCUCUAUGGCCAGUACUUCAAUACAACCAACAGCACAGCGGCUAUAACAACAACUGUAACGACAACAACAACAACAACAACGACGACGACCAGACGUCCGUAUGUCUACAAUCCGUAUGCUGGCCAGCAGCAAAACCCCUAUCCCUAUGGCUACAACACAACAACCAGAACUUCCACGACGACUACCAGGCGUCCAACGUAUGCGUACAACCCGUAUGCUAACUGGCAGCCAAACCGACAGCCGCAACCGGCGCAGCCGUUUCCAAGGAGGCCAACGGAUCCUGCAUACGAAAGAGUUCAGGAAAUCCGGCGGCAACAGGUGAUACGAGAGCAGCAAGAGCGCGAGCAGCGUCAGCGAGAACAGCGCGAAAGGGAGCAGCAAGAGGCUCAGCGCCGCGAAGAGGAGGAACGAGAACAGCAGCGUGUGCAAGAGCAGCGAGAGCAGGAAGCCCAGCGAGAAUUGGAACAGCGCUACCAGCUGCAGAGAGAGAAGCUCCAGCGAGAACAGCAGCAGCGAGAGCAGCUAGAAAGAGAACAGAAGGAGGACCAGGAGCAGCAGCAGCGAGAGCGAGAACAGCGCGAACAAGCGGCAAGGGACGAAUGGGAGCGAAACCAAGAACGAGCGCAAGUACCUCAAACUCCGCAGGAGGAGUUGGAGCAGCGUCAGCGGGAGUGGGAGUGGGAGCAGGAGCAGCGUGAGCGGGAGCAGCGUGAGCGGGAGCAGCGUGAGCGUGAGCAACCAAACCAUCCAGAGGAACAAGACGAGCGGGAGCUGGAUGAGAGGGAGCAACAAGAAAGAGAAGAACAGCAGCGACAGGAAAUACUUCAAGAACAGCGACGUCAGUACGAUCAGCGUCAGCGGGAACAGCAACAGCGAGAGCAGGAGCAGCGAGAGCGGGAGCAACCAAACCUUCCAGAGGAACAAGACGAGCGGGAGCUGGAUGAGAGGGAGCAACAGGAAAGAGAAGAACAGCAGCGACAGGAAAUACUUCAAGAACAGCGACGUCAGUACGAUCAGCGUCAGCGAGAACAGCAACAGCGAGAGCAGGAGCAGCGAGAGCAACAAGCUAGAGAGCAGCAGGAGCAACAAGAGCAGCAGCAGCGCGAACAAGAGCAACGAGAGCAGGAGAAGAGGGAUCAACAGGAGCGCGAGCAGCAGCAGCGAGAAGAAUUGGAGCGUGGCCAGCAGCCGCACGAGCCAAAUGAGCCGGAGGAUGAUCAGGAGAGCUCUCGCAGGCCCUAUGCAAACUACGACGACUACUUGGGAAGAGACGAGGAGGGAGAACCGGUCGACUCUGAACCCGAAAACGAGCAAAGUUCGAACCCAACCUAUUCCGAGGAGCAGGAACGAGAGCAACAACAACGCGAGCAACUGCAUCGUGAACAACAGGACAACGUGGCUCAGAACCCGCCUGAAGGUGAGGAUCCCGCCGCAUACGCAAGCUUCGACGAUUACCUCAGAGCGGAACAGGAACGUCGUGAGGCAGAGGAACGCGAAUGGGCUGAACAGGCUGACAGGACUGAACCGGAGGGCUGGGAGGACUCUCGCCCAGAAUAUCCAGGCUACCGACAGCACGCCAAGCAGUUGCGCAGACAGCAGCGACCCAAGCUGUAGCAUUCAUAUACCAUUGAAAGAAUCUUGAGUACUAUUCUAAAGAGUUCUUUAUUAAAUAUUAUAUCAUA